AUGAUGGACAUUAAAAGAGUGCGCAAAGGGCCGCUGCCUGGAGGUCGCCAGGGCGCGUCUGGAGCUGGCGCUGGACGCGACAGCAUGCGGGUCGCCAGUCAAGCGCGGGGGGCUGCAAGACCACCUAGUAGCCGCCCGCAUCCAUCAUCCCCACCAGAAGGCUUGGUGUCGGCUGGUUCUUCUCGGACUCAGCAAGCGGCACCCGCCACUGGUGGAACACGUCGCAUGCGUUGGACAAAAAUGAUGAACGCAAACGCAUUGCGAGCGUAUUUUAGGGCAAAAGGGGAAGAAACUGGAAUGUUGGCGUAUCGGGCUCGGAUGCAUCGCUUUUUCGCGGAGCUGGAGCCAUCUGUUCAUGUAUCAGAGCAAAACCUGGCAGACCGAGUUCGGUACAUCCUGCGCUCCAACAUAUUUGGUGACGCCGAACUCGAACGACUACGACGUGAGGCUGUUCCCUCAUCGGAUGAAAAUGCUAUAGCUGGUAAUGCGACGCCACAAAUUGCAGAACAAUCUGCACACGUCGAUGCCGCCGCGGAUUUUCCAGUUGUAGUUGAUUCAGACGAUGAUGGAAUGGUCACCCAAGAACUAGAGCAGAUGAGGAGUAAAUUGGAGGAGGCGAUUGUGGAAACGCGCAGUACGCCUCUCGAAAGUCGACCGCGACUACCGCGCAUACCCCUAAGCAAGCGCAAUCGGGCUGUCGUGAGGGCUCUUAACCCAAUGCUGGUGACCUAUUUGGAAGCCAGCCGGGACCUUUGCGAGACGGACUCAAUUCUUUUUGGCGCCGCACUGGCAGUUUGCCGUAUUAUUGGCGCCAAACUUCCCACGGCUGGACGCGCUACUAGACAAAGUAGCGCCAUCCCAGCCUGGAGAAGAAGGAUUGAGGACCGUAUCGCAAAGGCAAGGGUCCUCAUCGGCAGACUAAUAAGCUUCAGGUCGGGCAAUAAUAGGCCGAGAAUUGUGCGCACCGUCAGGAUGGCGUUUGCUGGGACAAAUAUCAGUUUGUCCCAGCCGGAUAUAAUGCAAAAACUGACGGAGCGCAUAGACGACCUGAAGCAGAGAAUCGCUGCUUGGGGGAAGCGGAUUCGGCGAUAUACCGAGAGGUCGACACGGUUCAACCAGAAUCGUCUCUUCCAGAGUGAUCAGAAGAGGCUCUAUGAAUCAUUGGAGCGACCAAUGGUACGUGGAACGGGCCCAGCACCGAAACAGGCCGACACUAUCGCAUUCUGGCGCGGCCUGUGGUCAGAGCCCGUAAACCACAGCGAGGGCCCUUGGACGGAAGUUGUGGCGAGUCAGUGUGCGAAUAUUACGCCCAUGGACCCCGUCAUCAUAACGCCGGAUGACGUAGCUGAGGCGGUCCGUAGGGCCCCGAACUGGAAAAGUCCGGGGCUCGACGGACUGCAUCACUACUGGCUGAAGGGGUUCGUGGUGUGUCACGCUGUGCUCGCCCGACAGUUUCAAGAGGCUCUCGACCAAAAGUCGCUCCCGAGCCUCUUCACUACUGGGAUCACUCAUUUGGUUCCUAAAGACCGGGAUUCCACAGACCCCAGCAAGUACCGCCCCAUAACGUGUCUACCUACCAUAUACAAGACACUAACAUCCAUUUUGAGCGCGAGAAUCACUCGUCACCUGAACUCAAAUCAGGUGAUGUCGCGCGCUCAAAAUGGAUGUCGGGGCGGUGGUCGUGGAACCAAGGAACCACUCCUCAUUGACGCGGUCAUUGGCAAGGUGGUUAAACGCAACCGUCGGAACCUCUCCGCCGCCUGGAUAGACUACAAAAAGGCAUUCGACUCGGUGCCUCAUACAUGGCUUAAGAGGGUCCUCGAGCUGUACAAGGUCGACUGUACAGUUCGAGACUUCCUCGGGCAGUGUAUGGGGCAGUGGAGUACGAUCCUUUGUCAUCUAGGCCAGCGGAUGACGGCUGCGGAGAACCACAUAAGGAUAAGAAGGGGUAUCUUCCAGGGCGAUUGUUUGAGUCCAAUCUGGUUCUGCCUCUCUCUGAAUCCUCUCAGUACCUUACUGGAGGGUUCCGGAAGGGGAUUUCAGCUUCGGAAAGGAGGUACAAAAGUGACCCACCUUUUCUAUAUGGAUGAUCUCAAGUUAUUCGCCUCCAGUCGCUCCCAUCUUGUGGAAUUGCUAAACAUCACUUGUGAUUUUAGCAAUUCUAUUGGAAUGGAGCUGGGGACGGAUAAGUGUGCGAUCCUCCAUGUCGAAAGGGGAAGGGUUGCUAACUCUGAGGGCAUGGACUUAUCUAUGCCCAUCAGCAUAAGGACCCUUUCCGAGGCUGAAACAUACCGAUACCUGGGUAUGUCACAGAACAUCGGUGUCGAUGAGGCGGGUAUGAAGCAGUCAGUUUGCGAUGUGUUUUAUGCACGCUUGACAAAAAUGCUUAACAGUCUUUUGUCGGGCGUUAAUAAGACACACGCUUAUAACGGUUGGAUCAUGCCUGUUCUCAUGUAUACCUUUGGCAUACUCAGGUGGACUCAGACCGAACUGAACGCUCUGGACAGAAAAGUCCGCACUAUAAUGACGUCCCACAGAGUGCAUCAUCCGAGAUCGUCGGUAAUGAGGCUGUACUUGCCGCGGAGGCAUGGUGGGCGCGGCUUUUUAAGCGCGCUUACCCUGCAUAAUCGCGAAGUGUGCAGCCUCCGUAAUUAUUUUCUGGCGAGAGCGGAUGAUCCAUUCUAUAGGGACGUUAUUUUUUGUGAUAAAGGACUUACCCCUCUAUCCUUAGCCAACGAGCAAUGGCAAGACCCGGAAGUACAGAGCAUUCCCGACCGGGAGACCGUAUGGAAGGAGAAGGAGCUCCACGGGAGGUUCUACAAGGCUCUACAUGAGCCUUUCGUAGAUACAGUUGCCUCCCUCCACUGGCUACGUUUUGGUGACCUCUUUGGGGAAACCGAGGGUUUUGUCUGUGCAAUACAGGAUCAGGUUAUUAAGACCAACAACUAUCGGAGAUACAUCCUAAGGGAUGGCACCGUCGACAUUUGUCGAGCUUGUCGCCAUCCCGGUGAAUCACUUAGGCAUGUCAUCUCCGGUUGUUCGGCGCUUUCUAACUCUGAGUACUUGCAUAGGCACAACCUAGUAGCCAGGAUUCUACACCAGGAGCUCGCUCUGAAAUACGGUCUCGUGGAUCGGAAACUGCCUUAUUAUAAGUACAUGCCGGAAGCCGUGCUCGAAAAUGACCGCGCCAGGCUCUACUGGGACCGGGCCAUCAUCACAGACAGGACCAUUCUUGCGAAUAAGCCUGAUAUUGUGCUGAUGGACCGGGCACAGUCAAGGAUAUUUUUGGUCGACAUUACCAUUCCGUAUGACGAGAACCUCGUGAAAGCCGAAACAGAUAAGCGAACAAAAUAUCUGGACCUGGCUCACGAGGUGACCGACAUGUGGGGUGGACUGCCGGCCGAAAUUAUACCUGUAGUCGUUUCUGCGAACGGGUUAAUCCCAGUCAGCCUCUCGGGUCAUCUGAAGCGACUGGGACUCCGUGACGGACCGCUCCAAGCUCAAAUGCAGAAGGCGGUGCUCCUCGAUACCGCCCGCAUCGUCCGCCGGUUUCUUUCCCUUUCCCCCUAA